UCUAGUGCGGUCGGUCGGUUGUUUUUGCUAUUCGUCUCCGCCGCGAACCGCUCGAAACUGCUCCACAUUUCCUUAGCCAAAGUGGAUCACGCACUCGAAUCGUCCAUAUAGCUCCCGAUAUCUGUGCAUAUAAGUUCCAGCAGUGCUGUCAUCGCAGGAUGGCGUUAACCGCAUCCAAAUCGCUGCCAUGUGUCGGGCUCUAAAAGUUCCCCCCAUUGUGACCCCAUUCGUUGUGGUUCUUGGCCAUUUGACGAUUAGUGGCCAUAACGCCUGAGUGUUUGUUUAUUUUGCUGCGCGACCGCACAAAACGAUUCCAAAAAUGAUUGCAUAAUUGACAAUUCGGGGGGACAACAACACACACUGCGGUUUCGAUUCCUUUUCGUACUUAUUGUGAUUCCAUUUCCGAGCUGAGAUUCCACCAUGAAGAAGCUGCAUCUGGGGGCCAAGCACAAGGGCAAGUCCUACAAGCCCUUCAGGAACAAGAACCGUCGGGUGAAAUCGACCCGAAGAACAACCCCUCCCCCAGCAUCAUCAUCGGCACCAGAAUCGCACCAUCUGGUGGUGCUGUGGUUGCUGCUGUUGUCAUCGCACCGGUUCGUCGGAAACAUCGGCAAGAUAUCUUCGUUCGAAGAAGACUACCGGGCUGACAGGCCCAUGGUGCAGCGAGCCUCCUCCUCGGAUGCACCCUCCGUUCAGGGUGGCCAACAUCGAGAGUCUCGAUUUGGCCUUGGAUACCCCUCCUACCAGAGUGGAUACAACAAACUAUUCACACAGGGUUCUGCCGACUCGAACUACUCACAACCGUCAUCCGAUCUGUCGCUAGACGAGGAAAAGGAAUCGCUUCGGCGAGAAAAGGAACGUCAGGCCUUAAGCCAGUUGGAUAAAGCGAGGAGCAAACCAGUGGCGUUCGCUGUGCGAACCAACGUAGCAUACGAUGGCGCGAUCGACGACGACUCGCCGGUGCAGGGCGGAGCAGUUUCGUUCGAGAUCCGGGAGUUCCUGCACAUCAAGGAGAAGUACGACAAUAACUGGUGGAUCGGCCGGCUGGUCAAGGAGGGCUGUGAUGUGGGCUUCAUACCCAGCCCCGCUAAGCUAGACAACAUUCGCAUGCAGAACCAAACCAGACCCUCAAGACUGUAUGGCACAAAGGGCUCGUCGAGCGGGAAUCUUGGUGCGGGCGGACAAGCAGGUGCGGAGCCAUCUCGAGGUAGCACACCCCCCACACCUGGUGACGAAUCAGAUUCCAUGGGACCAGGACGACAUGGCAAGGCCGCGGCGGCGGCGGCCAACAAGGAGAAGCGCAAGCCGUUCUUCAAGAAACAGGAGACGGCCAGUCCCUACGACGUGGUGCCCUCGAUGAGGCCCGUCGUCCUGGUGGGGCCCAGUCUCAAGGGCUACGAGGUCACGGACAUGAUGCAGAAGGCCCUCUUCGACUUCCUGAAACACCGCUUCGAGGGCCGGAUCAUCAUCACCCGCGUGAUGGCCGACAUCUCGCUGGCCAAGCGCUCCAUCAUGAACAACCCCUCGAAGCGGGCCAUCAUGGAGCGGUCGUCCAGCCGGAGCGACUGCCUCGGCAAGGUCCAGGAGGAGAUCGAGCGCAUCUUCGAGCUGGCCCGCUCCCUCCAGCUGGUCGUGCUCGAUUGUGAUACAAUCAAUCAUCCGUCACAACUAGCGAAAACUUCAUUAGCGCCAACAAUAGUGUACUUAAAGAUUAGUAGUAGUAAGGUUUUACAGCGUUUGAUCAAAUCACGUGGCAAGUCGCAGGCGAAAAACCUCUCCGUUCAAAUGGUCGCCGCCGAGAAACUAGCCCAAUGUCCACCGGAUAUGUUCGAUGUAAUCCUAGACGAGAAUCAGCUGGAAGACGCCUGCGAUCACAUUGCCGAGUACUUGGAGACCUACUGGAAGGCCACCCACCCGGACAUACGAGCAGUACCGCCCAUCGCCCGCCCCCUGCCGCAGGAGGCCUCGCCCUCCGCGGAUCCUGCGCGUCUGGGUCCAACGCCACCAGUAGAUGGCGAGGAGUUUAUCGAUGAGCAGGAUCCCAGGAUGGGCAUUUCCGGCGGAGAGCGCGAGGGCAGUCGGGAGAGAGAUCGCGAUAGCAGGGAGAGGGAGCGGGAGCGCGAAAGGGAACGGGAUUACUGGGAUCGGGAGUUCAACCGCGAUCGCAGCUCCAAGGAUCGAGAGAGGGACCUCGAGUGGGAGAGGGAGAGGGCUCGCGAGUGGGAGAGAGAGCGGGAACGAGAUUGGGAUAGGGAGUUCGAUUGGGACCAAGGAGGAACCUCUUACCAGCACAGCCGCCGACAACCGACCUCGGUGCGCCACCAGGAGCGCGGCGGCGGAGUGGGCGCCGGCGGAGGGGGCGGCGGCUACGAGCGGGAACGGGAGCGGGAGCGGUACGAGCGGCGCGAGCGGGACCUCAUGCACUACGAUCUGAACAGCGACGAGCUGCUGGACGAGCGCAACUUUGAGUAUCCGGCGAUGCGGAGCGGUCCCAGCGGUGCUUCCCAUCACGGCCAUCUGUCCAGAGGUGGCCGCCUACUAGACGAUCAGGACUUCGAGAGGGAGGAGGCCCAGAUGAGGAUGAGCAGCUCCCGCUACGGACCCUCCACGCGGAUCGAUGACCCCAGGGACUUGCCACGGGGAGCCACCGUUGUCGAUCGCGAUGAAUACAGUCCGCACAGAGGUGGUGGGAGUAGUAGGAGAAUGCUUAAUGCCAUGUCUAGACCCUUGGGCCUGCCCCGCCAAUCAUCACUGCCCACUAAUAGAGCACCCGUGUCCUACCUGCCACGUCAGUCCUCUCUGGGGACCCACUGGCUGUCCUCCACCUCGCAGGGUUCCCUCGACCCGGUGCCCCAAUCUCGCCGAGAGCUUUAUCCACUGCUGCACCAGCCGCAGUCGUAUCAACAGCCCCGAACCCAUUACACCACCACCUCCACCCACUCGUACCCCAAUCCUCCACAGCACCAGGUUGCGAGUCAUUCGCGUUCCCAAUCCCAGUCGCAAUCCCAAUCUCAAUCGCAAUCGCAGUAUCGAUACUCCGUGCAGGACACGUCCUUUAACCACCCACCAAGAUCCCUGCGCGAUGAGUUCCUCAGUCCCACCAUGAGCAAGGUCGAGGCCGUCACCCAUGCCAUUCGCAACAAGAUCAUCGUGGAGGAGGACGAGGAGGAUAUCCUGAGCACGGAUCGGUUCUAUUGAAGAGAUUUCAGUCGCCACCCCGCGUCGAUUAGGUUUUUUGGGAGCAGUACGAGUACAGUGCAGCAAAUGCAGCAGUGCCAAAAGCAAGAAUACACUACACAUUUGUAAAUGUUCCAUUCGAUGAUCAGAUCAGUUCAGUAGCCACACACACACACAAACAGAAACACACAGAUACACACACACACACAAAGUAGCCGGUUAAAGUUGAAGGGAGCGUUUAAAGUGGCGGUUAGAGCAAACGUUAAAGCAAACCAAAAACCAAAAACCAAAAAGGAGAGCAGCCCAAUGCCAAGUGGGGCCUUAUGUGUCUUAAAUGCUAUAGCUAAGUGUAAUCAGAUUUUAUUUGGGUAAUGUGAAUUUAAAUUAAAUGGUCUAAGCCUAAGAGUUAAGCUAGUCGUCAGUUGGGAAAAUUAAAGGUUAAUGCGAGUCCGCAGCCACCCAACAGAGUUUGUUGGUCCCGUAUUUGUUAUGCAAUCGAUUGACUAAGUACAUAAAUAAGUGUCAGCUUUAAUAAUUUAGUGAACGUGUCUUAAUCUAAGUCGAGCCAUACCAACACACACACAAAAACACUUAAACACACCCACACCAACACACAAUCAGUUGACUGUGAACCGAUUGAAAUCUCUUUAAUCUCAAAUCGAUACCCUUUUCUCGCAUCCAUCCUGUUUCUUCCUCUACGCAGAACCGAAAUCUUCACACUCUCUUCAGCAUAUCUACUAGGAAUUCUUCUAGUUGAAAAUAUAAGUGAGAUAGGACUGCGUUUCAAAUUCAAAUAACAAGUAAUUUACGAGAUGAAUUUCAUACUUUUUAAACUUUUAAAAAGUUUAAUUAUUCUACAAACAUUUUCGAAGGACUUAACUUAGUAUCUAUAUUUGGUGACUGAUAACAAAUUGUAUCUUCCAGAUUUAGUUGUCUACUUAGGAACUUUAGUUCGACACGUAAAGUAUAUCUAAUAAUACCGAAUAGUUCCUUGUAAACACAUCCAAUAACCUGACUUACCUUUUCGAGUCCUUUGAGAACUUUCAUCAACUUCCUUUUAAGCUUGUAUGAAACGCACUGUCUUGCCACCAAAUGCAUGAGUAGAUCUUCCUCUUCCAACAGCAAUACUUUCGACCUAGAUACCUUGUCACACCAUAUCAUGCCACACACCUGCCAAAGCGCACAGUUCGCGAUUGCAUCUCGAAAUCGAAGUUGGAUUUGGACUUGCAAGUCGCGAACAGGCCUCCAAUCUGGAUGGGGAUCACCAUAAAGAUCUCUUCGAUGAUCCAGAUUUAGGUAUAGCGAUUUAAAUUACCAGUGCCUUAUGAACCAUCAAAUCGAAUUACACAACAGCACUCCACACCGAAAAUUCUCCAUUUCCCCGCCCAAAACCAAAAAAAGAAAAGAGAACCAUCAUUACCCGCUAAAGUCGAAUGCGUCAAAAUUAUUGUUCAAGUAUUGUAAGUACCUUACACGUAAUGUCGAGAUGAGAAACGUUGAUCUGGCCCAUUCCGAACGAGCACUCCUUUUACAAUUCCAACCACCAUGCUAACAUGCUAAAUUUGUCGAUCAUUAGUUGUCGAACUGAGCUAGCGCCCAACAAUGAUGAACCGCACUGCAUUCAAAUCGAUCGCCACCUCGAAGUAAGCGUUGAGAUGUAUAGUUAGUUGAUCUGUAAGCACACCCACAGAACCCACAUCCUGCUGUCCCAGGACGAAGGAUAAUAAAAACCUCACGGGGAGUGUUUUACUUCCAGACGACGGACAGAGUUGAUAGAACGAUGCAGAGUAAAUGCAAAAAUCUAGUACUUUUUUAUAUAAGAAAUACAAGGUGAUAUAACUAAAUUUUGGAAAGCAAAUUUGAACAGCGCACGACAAAUACAGAUACCUAAAAGAAAUUGUUAGCAAAAUUCAGGAGGGGAAAUAGCGAGAGUCCUUUAAAGAAAGGUUUUGUUCCAAAUUACUCGGGAGAUAGAAUGUCUUCUCAUCAGAGGAAAUGGAUGGGGUGUUUGGCCAAGGCACUGGAGGCGCUUAAAUAUGAGGAACAACAAUUUAUAAAUAAACCAAAAGCAGCAUACGAUACGCAAGCACUUCUUGUAAAAAGUGGCAAACAAACAAAAAUGAUCUACGUAUUAGCUAAACCUAAAUGAAAUAUUACUUUUUAAUACUAGCAUAAAGUUUAAAAAAAACUAGAUACGAUCCUUCGCAGCUGAGGAGGCGACAAACGGAAUACUUAAGUUUAAAUGGUCAGUUGAUGAGAAUGUGUAUGUUAGAAUAUUGCACAUAAUUCACAGAACUGGUAAUUCAAUAUAUGAUAAUGGUAUAUAUUAAUAAAAAAAAGAUACACACAUUUAUAAAGGUGCAUAUACAUUUAUACAUGAAUAUGUAUGUUCUUACUAUAAUUAACAAAAUUUAAACCGAUACAAAUACAUCAGCCGGCAUUUUGUAAGCGUGGAAACCAAAAUAUGAACAAAAUAAUAUUGAGUAAAUAUAAUAGAUUAUCCCAGAUAUUGUUAGACACUUUCUGGCAACGGAAAGGCGAACUUUGCCAUGAAAAUUUCAUCAGAUCUGAUAGGAAUAUGUUGGAGAUAUUUUGUAAGAUGCCUUAAACUUCUCAACUCGAAUUCUUUGAAAGUUUCGGAAAAUUAAACUUGAUAAAUUCAUAUAUUCCAUUACAUAACCUUCUAGCAGAUGGACAAAAAGAAGUCCCAAAACAUUUUUGCAAAAAAAAGAACAGGUUUGCUUCUAAUAUAUAGGAAUUUUUUUGUAAUAAUCAAAACUUAUUUCCGAUUAAAAACCAAAUGAAAACAAAAAGAAAGCAAUUUAAAUUUGUUGACACUCUUAAAAACCAAAGAAAACACACACAUGCAAACAAAUUUUAUAGCGAGAAUACCGAAACUUUAAAAAAGAAUACGCCUAUAUAUUAUUAAAUUUAGCGGUAAUAACUUCUCUACUUUUCAAGCCACUUUGAUAAAAACAAACGGCAAACCUUAUUUUUUUAGCCUAAAUCCCUUAUUAAACUGGAAGAGAAAGUGGAAAUAUUGACGCACGCCUGAGAAUUUCCCAUUGAAUAUAUUAUGAUUAACCAAACACCGUUUACCCCAGAGAAAUAAACACGAACUAAUUGUGGAAAUAUCAACCCAGAAUCCAAAUUUAUAUAGAUAUUUUAUACAUGCAAAACAUAUACAUAUUGUAAAAAAAAUGAGAAAACAGUAACUAAAAUCCAAUCAGCAAUUUUUAAGAAUUGUGUGUAAAUAGUUUAUGAUAUUUCAAUUUGUUAUCAAAACAUUUUGUUACGAACUUUGUAAUAUUCCUCUUGUUUAACGAUAUGGACGAUCUUCUGCAAUCUCCUAGGCCAUGUUUAGUUGAUUUUGUUUUCAUUUUCCGCAUUCAAAUGUUGUUCACAAUAUGUUUUUGGAAAAUACGUAGUUAAAUGAAAGCUAAAUUGCAAAUAAAAGCAAAUACAAUAAAAAUAUUGAAAAUAA